UGUCCGUAACCGCUAUGAAUUAAGUACAUGAAUAGGCUACUCACCCUUAAAGGUAUUACUGUUGACGGGGAGGGUUGGCCGUCAUUUAGUGUCGAGCCAUCAACUUGACGAACGACAACGUAGACCUAGACACAUCGUUGGGAAGGACUCAUCGGGAUCUACUAUCACUUAUAUCGGAUCUAAUUAAAUUAGGCCUAAAUUUUCUGCAGUCCAGUCAGCCAGUGUAUGAACUUGUUGCAACGCCAAUUCCUACAUAAAACCACACAUGUGGUUGUCUGCGACUGUACAUGCACCGUCUCAUUGAGGAGUUUUGAUAUAAUUAUUACUACUAAAAAUCCAAGAAUUUUGAGGACCGUCGAAAUCUGAACUUCUUUAAUUUCAAGUCUAUGCUAUGAAGUUGCAGAAUAUAUAGAAUUGAAGCAUUUUUUAAGAGGCCAAUUCUAGAAAGCAUUCCUUCACCCUAAUGGACGAAAUGGAUGAUGUGCAGAAAGAGCUUGGUAAUUUUAGAUGUAGUCAUCAAGAAAGUCAAGAUGUACAGACAGGCUUCAUAAGCAGGCAUAAAUCUAAAACCAAGAACAUUCCAACAAAUAACAACUUCAUAACAAGCCGCGAAGAAAUUGCAGAGUUUCAUAGUUCUGAAGACUGCCAAGGCACGACGGAUGAUGAGAGUGACGUCAUAGAGGUGGAUCACUUAAUAGAUGAGUGUCAUCGAUCUCAUAAAAGAUGUGAGGACAGACGGAAGCAGAGAAGGUACAGGACUACAUUUACAAGCUUUCAGCUGGAAGAAUUGGAGAGAACAUUCACCAAAACACACUACCCUGAUGUGUUUACAAGAGAGGAACUUGCGCUUAAAAUCGAUCUCACAGAAGCCAGAGUUCAGGUAAACCUUAUUCAGAUUCAUAUUUAUUGGUCAUUUGGAAACUCGUUACAGACACAAUCGUAA